UGGAGAGCUGGACCUCGACCUUCCCUGACCAGUUGAACACUGAGCCCUGAAACUGCAUCUCCAUCACAGCACGAGCAGGAGCCCUCUGGACACGGCACAACGCUUGUGACGGGCAACGUGUGACCAUUCCCUUAUCCCUGAGGUCGCUAGAGUAGACACACACACACACACUUACCCUGUAUGACAGGCCGCUAGACUCGUUGUUCUGAGUGGUGGUGUAGAGAAGACUCGUCUGUCGCUUUUAGUGGUGGUGUAGAGAAGACUCGUCUGUCGUUCUGAUUGGUGGGUGUAAAAUGUCCGACCUGAAGGAGAUUUGUGCUGGUUUGCCGCAGGAGCCUCUUCCUCCAAACCGCGGCAGGAACCCAGAGGUGCCACAUGCCCCGGUGCGCACCCCCAACCUCAGCCCCGAGCAGGAGAAGCUGGCGUUGAGGAAUGCCCUACGUUACUUCCCUCCAAAUCUCCAUGGCACCCUGGCCCCAGAGUUCGCUCAGGAGCUGCGUCAGUACGGCCAUAUUUACAUGUACCGCUUUUGCCCCCCCUACAGGAUGAGGGCGUACCCCAUACAUGAGUAUCCAUGUCGAACACAACAAGCUGCUUCAAUCAUGUUAAUGAUUAUGAACAACCUUGACCCUGCUGUUGCACAGUUUCCUCAAGAGCUGGUGACUUACGGUGGGAACGGACAAGUGUUCAGCAACUGGGCUCAGUUCCGGCUGGUCAUGCACUACCUGAGCGUGAUGACCGAGGAGCAGACUCUGGUCAUGUACAGCGGUCAUCCCCUCGGCCUCUUCCCCAGCCUGCCGUCCUCCCCCCGCUGUGUCAUCACCAACGGCAUGGUCAUUCCCAACUACUCCUCCAGAGAUGAAUACGAGAAGAUGUUUGCUCUGGGGGUGACCAUGUAUGGUCAGAUGACUGCUGGAAGCUACUGCUACAUUGGGCCUCAAGGGAUUGUUCAUGGAACCAUGCUGACAGUGUUGAAUGCUGGUCGGAGGUACCUGGGUACAGAUGACCUCAGGGGCCGCGUACUUGUGACCUCUGGUCUCGGGGGCAUGAGUGGGGCGCAGGCCAAGGCUGCCGUCAUCGCUGGCUGUGUGGGGGUCAUUGCUGAGGUUGAUGAGGCCCCGCUGAGGAAAAGACAUGAACAGGGCUGGCUAAUGGAGGUGACCAGUGACCUAGAGCAUUGUAUCAAGCGCAUCAGGGAGGCCAAGGCAUCCAAGAUGGCGCUCAGUUUGGGUUACCAUGGCAACAUUGUGGACCUGUGGGAGCGCCUGUGGCAGGAGUAUGAGCGAACGGGCGAGCUGCUGGUGGAUUUGGGCUCAGACCAGACGUCACUGCACAACCCCUUCAGCGGAGGCUACUACCCCGCCUCCCUCAACCUGCGCCAAGCACAACAGCUCAUGAGCAAUGAGCCCAGUCGCUUCAGAGCCGCUGUGCAGGAGAGUCUGCGACGUCAGGUCAGCGCGGUCAACAGAUUGGCAGAGGUUGGCAUGUUCUUCUGGGACUAUGGUAAUGCCUUCCUGCUGGAGGCACAGAGGGCAGGAGCUGAUGUAGGUUGUAGUGCUGGAGGGGCCACAGAGUUCAGAUAUCCAUCCUACGUGCAGCACAUCAUGGGGGAUAUCUUCUCUCUGGGCUUCGGGCCGUUCCGAUGGGUGUGUACAUCCUGUGACCCUGCGGACCUCCAGGAGACUGAUGACAUCGCCAGCGCCGUGCUGGAGGCCAUCAGCGCCACGGUAACGGAGCGUGUGCGCCAGCAGUACAACGACAACAUCCGCUGGAUCAGAGAAGCAGGAAGACACAAGAUGGUGGUUGGCUCCCAGGCUCGCAUCCUCUACUCAGACCAGAAAGGAAGAGUGGCUAUCGCCAUGGCAAUAAACAAGGCCAUAGCCAGUGGCAGGGUCUCGGCUCCAGUGGUCAUCAGUCGGGACCACCAUGAUGUUAGCGGAACAGACAGCCCCUUUAGGGAGACGUCCAAUGUGUAUGAUGGCUCUGCCUUCUGUGCAGAUAUGGCUGUGCAGAACUUUGUGGGUGAUGCAUUCCGUGGAGCCACCUGGGUCUCCCUUCACAAUGGGGGCGGAGUCGGCUGGGGUGAAGUGAUGAAUGGGGGCUUUGGCCUUCUGCUGGACGGCUCUGAGGAGGCUGGACGCCGAGCUCGCCUCAUGUUAAACUGGGACGUCUCUAAUGGGGUCGCGAGGCGCUGCUGGUCCGGUAACUCUAAUGCCUAUGACACCAUCCAGCGCACCAUGGAAGACCAGGUGCAGCUGCAGGUCACCAUGCCCUUCCCUGUGCAGGAUGACACUCUCCUGGACCGCGCUCUGCAGGGAUAGGGAUGGGUUUAGUGGUCCUGAUAGGUUGUGUUAGUGGUCUUGUGGGUUGGGUUAGUGGUCCUGCUGGGUUGGGUUAGUGGUCUUGAUAGGUUAGGUUAGUGGUCUUGUGGGUUGGGUUAGUGGUCCUGAUGGGUUGGGUUAGUAGUCUUGUGGGUCGGGGUUGGACGUAGAGUUAGCCAAUGCAUCAACCCAAUUUCUACUCAUGAGCUCUUUAAUUUCUGCCAUCAGCUUUCUUUUUGAUUAAAGCGAUGGUUUGGAGUAAUUUCACCCUAGGGUCCUUUGCACCAUGACCCCAAGCCAAACACCCUCCCAGAACCUGUUUUCCCUUGAACCCUGGUCGAGUAGCGCUGUCAGAAACGAAUGACUUUCUGCAGGCGUAAUGCAACCAACUUAAUAUCUCGUAAAUUACCCCACUAAUAAUGCCCUGAAUGGUACGAAACUUCUACAGUAGUACAACUAUGUUCUUUACUCAUAAAACGAGGCAUUGAAAAGUUUGUAAGUACACCAGGAGUUUAUUUAAAUAACACUUGCCUGAAAGUCUGGGGAAACGUAGAACUAGUCAAGAGGAAACUUGAUCGCGAUCAGAAAUGUCAAAACACCACCAAUCAUAUCAGUCACUUCCCCCAAUACAUUUGAGACCAGACACACAAAUGCACAGUUGAGACUAAGCGUGUUUUCCCCAGCUGCCGGCGUCCGUUUUACAUUAUAAUCCUAUGGAGUAGACCGUGUUUUCAAAAACUGGGAAACAAACGUUUCGGGCUUAGCCCUUUAUCAAUGUCUCCAUUAGCCCGAAACCUUUGUUUCCCAGUUUUUUUGUCUGUAGACUUGUUGUAAAAACCUCGGCUCUCAAUACAAAUUUGUAUUAGUAUCAAGCCAUUGAGUGUGCUUUUUUCUACCCUACACAUAAAACAAAGCACCGUCACCGUUUUUUUUAGUGUAAUAUAAUAAUGUUACUUUAGCUAAGGUAGUAUUAUAUAAGGUUAUUAUUUUAAUAAAGGUAGUGUUAACAUAAGGUUGCUAAAAACACCUUCUUGUUAUCAGCAGCAACAUUGCCUAAACCUGGGCUGCUCAAUUUGGGGCCCGCCUUCCAUUUUGUUUUGGCCGCCUUGUUCAUGUUAAUACUGCCUUCAUGCCGGCUGUACAUUUGGAGGACCGAACUGGGGUUGGGAUAGUGGGAGAUCAACAGGCCCGUGAGUAGUGGGGUUGGGAUAGUGGGAGAUCAACAGGCCCGUGAGUAGGGGGG